GCCAACCUCACACUGCACGACUGCUUGGAUCGUCACCCAAGUCAGCACUCACUCGAUCCCAGAAUAAAGCACCACCAUCGAUUAGGCGAAGCGACGAAGCACAAUGGCGACACAAGUGGCGCCCCUGCCGAGGGUCAAGCUGGCGUCUGGCCCCGCGCCCUUGACGGCUGAGCAGAAAUAUUGGAAGUCCUUCAAGAACCAACUCCUGAUUCCGUCGCCGACCAAUUUUCCUGUGACGCACGUGUCAAGCAGCAUCGAUUCCUUUGCCGUGACGACAGGCACGCGCGUGCAGAUCUACUCGAUUCGCAGCCGCAAGCUGCUCAAGACAAUCACCCGCUUUACCGAUGUGGCGCGCAGCGGAGAGAUUCGCAAGGACGGCCGCGUGCUGGUGGCGGGAGACGACACGGGGAGGAUACAAGUCUUUGACGUGAACUCUAGGGCUAUCCUGAGGACAUGGCUCGAUCACAAGCAGCCCGUGUGGACGACCAAGUUCUCGCCCGUAGAGCUGACCACGGUGCUGAGCACGAGCGACGACAGGACGGUCAGGUUGUGGGAUCUGCCCAGCAGCGAGCCGACGAGUACUUUUGUGGGCCACACGGACUAUGUGAGGGCUGGAAGCUUCAUGCCGGGCACGAUGGCCAACAUGGUGGUGUCGGGAAGUUACGAUUCGACCGUCAAGCUGUGGGAUCCGCGAACGGGCAACAGUUCCGCCGUCAUGACGUUCAAGCACGCCGCCCCCGUCGAGAGCGUGCUCCCUCUGCCCACUGGGACGACCGUCCUGGCCGCUGCCGGAAACGCCGUCAGCGUACUCGACCUCGUUGCCGCGCGACCGCUACAUCUCAUCACCAAUCACCAAAAGACAGUCACGUCCAUGAGCCUGGCCUCUGGCGGCCGCCGCCUUGUCACCGGUAGCUUGGAAGGCCACGUCAAGAUGUUUGAGACGACCGGAUGGAACGUCGUCAACAGCUUCAAAUAUCAAGCCCCCAUUCUCUCUGUCUGCGUCAUCCCGUCAGGCGACUCCUCUGGCGCCGACGAUCGCCAUCUCGCCGUCGGCAUGCAGUCUGGUGUCCUCAGCAUCCGCACACGUAUGACGGGCGCCGAAGCCACGCGCCAGCGCGAGCGCGAAAAGGAGAUGGAAGCCCUCGUUGCCGGAACCAUCGACUCUCUGGAUGCCAAGAAGCAGAAGCGCAAGCGGCGCGUCGAAGCCUCCAAGCGCCUCGACAUGCUCGGCGAAGGCGCCGACGUUGUCAUUGCGAACGAAGGCCGCGUCACAAGGAAGAAGGAAAGACCGUGGCAAGCCGAUCUCCGCCACGCCCGCUACGCCAAGGCCCUUGACCAAGUCAUCGACCGCACCUCGCCCGAAUACGCACCCCUCAACGUCCUCACCUUGCUGCUGGCGCUUCGUCACCGCAGCGCCAUGCGGGAUGCGCUGGAGAACCGCGACGAGCAGAGCGUGCAGCCGAUCCUGAAGUGGGUGUGCGGACACAUCUGCGACCCGCGGUACGUGAGCGUCUGCGUGGAGGUUGGCGUUCACCUGCUGGACCUGUACUCGGAAUACGCGGGCGCUUCGGCGGAGCUGCUUCAGGGGUUCAAGACGUUGCACAGGAGGGUCAAGGUCGAGGUUGAGAGGGCGCAGCUGGCCUGCCAGAGCGGAGGCAUGCUGGAGAGCUUGAUGAUGAGCGCGGUAUAAGGGAGCAUUUGGGAUAGUUUGGCGUUUUGGCGGCAUC